AUGAGUCACCGCGGCGUCGGCCCAGAGAAGGUGAAAGAAAGAGGGGUUUUUAGCGCGCUGGAGGGCGGCGCGCUGGGCGGCGGCGGCGGCGACGGCGCGCUAGGCGCGCUGCGGUCCGCCGGCUCGCCGCCCGCGCCCAGCCUCGGCGCCAGCCGGCACAGCCUCAUAGAAAUGAUGACGUGCCGGCUGGGCUCUCGACGGCUGGGUGGCUCCCGGGGCUCGCUGCAGGCUGGCACAGCAUGCUCGGCCGCCAGCGAGCUGGACCUCUCCUCGCGCUCCAGACGCGCACAUAAAGCUAGAUUAAAAUUAUUGGGGGCGAGCGGGGAGGCGCCGCUCCUGAGUGGGUGGCGGAGUACCCCGCACACGCCACAUGCGCCCGCGACGCCGGCGCCACAUCACUCACACAACCACCUCGCGCCCGGACAUUGCAAUGGAACUGACAGUGGCAGCAGAGGCGGGCUGCGGCGGCGGUCGACGUACGCGAGCGGGCGGCUGCGCGCGGGCCCGCACUGGUCCUUCGUGUUCGACCCCGCCGGCCGGCUGUGCUACUACUGGUCCAUGGUCGUCUCCUUAGCUUUCCUGUACAAUCUCUGGGUCAUAGUCUACAGGUUCGCUUUCCAGGAGAUAAAUGGCGAGACGUUAAUAGUGUGGUUUUGUUUGGACUACUUUUCUGAUUUCCUUUACCUGGCGGAUAUAUUGUUUCACUUCCGAACGGGCUACCUGGAGGACGGGGUGCUCCAGACGGACGCGGCCAAGCUGCGAGCGCACUACAUGAACUCCACCACGUUCUACAUAGACUGCCUGUGCCUGCUGCCACUCGACUUCCUCUACCUCUCCAUCGGGUUCAACUCUAUAUUGCGCUCGUUCCGCCUCGUCAAGAUAUACCGCUUCUGGGCGUUCAUGGACCGUACGGAGCGGCAUACGAACUAUCCAAAUUUGUUUAGAUCGACCAGUUUAAUUCAUUAUUUAUUAGUGAUAUUCCAUUGGAACGGGUGCUUGUACCAUAUAAUAUAUAAAAACAAUGGGUUCGGUAGUAAAAACUGGGUGUAUCAUGACACUGAGACUGCGGAUGUGGUGAAACAAUAUUUACAAAGUUAUUACUGGUGCACGCUGGCGCUUACUACGAUAGGAGACUUGCCUCGACCGCGCAGUAAAGGCGAGUACGUGUUCGUCAUCGCGCAGCUGCUGUUCGGGCUGAUGUUAUUCGCGACAGUGUUAGGCCACGUCGCUAACAUCGUCACCUCAGUCAGUACCGCCAGGAAGGAGUUUCAAGCGAAACUGGAUGGCGUGAAGACGUACAUGCGCAUGCGCCGGGUACCCACACACUUACAGGUGAAGGUGAUCAAGUGGUUUGACUACUUGUGGCUCACGCAAAAGUGCUCCGACGAAGAGAAGGCUGUCUCCUGCCUGCCUGACAAGCUGAAGGCAGAAAUAGCUAUCAACGUACACUUAGAUACGCUAAAGAGGGUGGAAAUAUUUCAAAACACGGAAGCAGGAUUUCUAUGUGAGCUAGUCUUACGACUUCGGCCUGUUCUGUUCUCGCCAGGCGACUACAUCUGCAGGAAAGGUGAAGUCGGGAAGGAGAUGUACAUAGUGAACCGAGGGAAACUCCAGGUGGUAGGCGACAACGGGAAGACCGUUCUCGCAACACUCAAGGCUGGUUCUUAUUUUGGCGAAAUUUCCAUUCUGAACAUGGGCACGGCAGAACAGCUCAUAAGGGGGGACCAGACGCCGGUUGGCAUGGAGUGUGUGGAUGACACGUCGACAGGCAACCGCCGGACAGCAUCGGUGCGAUCUGUGGGUUACUCGGAUCUCUUCGUGCUCAGCAAGAAGGACAUGUGGGACGUGCUCAAGGAGUACCCCGCCGCCAGGGUGCGGCUCGAGGCGAUCGCUGUCAAGAGACUUGAGAAAUAUAAGAAAGCACCGCUGGAAAAAGUGGCCAUGGGUCGUUGCCAGUCGACGCCCGGGCUGGUGGAGACGAGCGGUCGCGUGCCCAUUGAGGACAUGAACCUGCCGCCUGCGCCAGUGCUGCCACCUCCACACCCUUCACACCCGCCUUCUUACCGGGACCAGCUUUAUAGAGUAGAAGUAGAUGUUGAAGGUGACUUUGUUUGCAUGGUCAGUUCGUCAGUAAGUCCACUGCGCGUGGCGUCGCCGGUGGCGUCAUGCGCGUCGAGCGCCCGCAGCAGCGGCGCGGGCGGCGGCAGCGUGGCGGCCGCGCCGCGCGUCAUGCUCGACUCGCACGACGCGCUCGAGUGCGAGAUCAAGCGCCUGCGCGAGCGACUCUACACCGUCGAGACUGAGAACGCCGCCAUGUCUGCCAAGCUCAGCCAGCAGCAAUGGGAGGUUGACCAGAGGCUGCAAGAGAUAGAGAUGCAGAUCUGUGGCGGCAGCUCGGUGAGCUCGCUGGAGGAGAACGAGCGCAACCGCGAGAGCAUCAUUUAA